UUUACUAUCCCCUAUUUAUUUGUGAUACAAUGUUGUUCAAAGUGAUUUAUAGCAGGGUCUUACACUGAAGCUUCAGUUUAACAAGUACUGUAUGUCAAGCAGUACAACAAGUACUAUAUGUUAAGUAAGAGAAAGUGUGUGGAAUCAGUUGAAAAACCACGCCGAUGUGUUAUUUUCAGCACCCUGGAGAGCGACACGAGUUUAUUUUGAAAACUACGUAUGUUUUUCAGUUCGUUUUUGGUGAGUUUGCUGCUUUAAUUAACGUAAUCUGUUGCAAAUCGAAUAAUGACACCUCACAUUCCUCUAUUAGGUGCCUUUUCAUUGUUAGUUAGCUGUUGUAUCAAACAUCCCCGCCCAUUCACAUGUAAAGUGUUUAUUUUUAAUUUUUUAUGUUUGUCCAUUUAGUUUUGCCACUUUCCGUUGCAAUUUGUAUUAAUAGCCUCGGAGGGCCGCUGUUGGCCAGUUUGUAUCAGAUUUACCGCAGACUCUUUGUACCUCCCAUAAAGCCUUUAUUUUAGAGCGAGAGAAAGACAGACGCUCAGCGCACCGUUUGGAAUUAACCGGAGAUACAGGACGUCGAAUUCCUUUUCAUGCCCGGACUAUACUUAAAUAGCUUUGUUUUCGUUUCAAUGCGGGACAACAAACGAUAAACAUCGUUGAUGGUUCACACUGGAAUUACGUCGGACAGAACAAUGAGAGGGCAAGUACUGCUGUUUUUGUCGGUCCUCUCGCUCAGCUCGGCGCUUGGGCAGGUCAGCUACUCCAUUCCUGAGGAAAUGCCCAAAGGCUCUCUCGUUGGAAAUAUGGCAAAAGACUUUGGGUUGGAAGUUAAAAGACUUAAAUCUGGCAAAGCUCGCAUAUUUAAUCCAGACAGUGUUGAAUAUAUUGAGCUGAAUAACGAAAGAGGAGUCCUCCUCAUCAGGGAAAGGAUAGACAGAGAGGCGCUCUGUGGACAAACGACGCCUUGCGCUUUGCAUUUUCAGAUCAUAUUAGAGAAUCCGAUGGAAUUUUACAGUGUAACUAUUGAAAUCACAGAUGUUAAUGAUAACCCUCCUUCAUUCGAAAAGAACGACGUCAGAUUUAAAAUUAGUGAAUCCGCUGUCAGCGGGGCUAAAUUCAUAUUAGACCGUGCCGUUGAUCCUGAUGUUGGUUCAAAUGGUUUGCAAACAUAUAGACUCGAGCCGAGAGAUAAUUUUAUGAUUAAACUACACGAUCAGGCAGAUGGAACAAAAAAUGUGGAAAUGGUUCUCGAGAAACCUCUCGACAGAGAGAAGCAUGAGCACUUGUCUUUAGUUCUGACGGCCGUGGAUGGAGGAGAGCCGCAGAUGACGGGAACAAUGCAGAUUCUCAUCACUGUUUUAGACGUUAAUGAUAACGCCCCUGUUUUUACACAGCCAAUUUAUAAAGCCUCGAUAAAAGAAAAUUCUCCAGUCGGUACAUUUGUAGUUACAGUUACUGCAACAGAUGCAGAUCAUGGAAGUAAUGGUAAAAUAACUUAUUCUAUUUCAAGUAUAUCAGAUCACGCCCGUGGGUUAUUUGAGGUAAAUGAUGAAAGUGGUGAAAUUCGACUGAAAGGAAAUGUUGACUAUGAAAAAGCUCGAACCUUUCAGAUAAAUGUCCGAGCAAGUGAUGAUGGAGGACUAGUUGAUUCAUGUAAAGUGAUGAUUGACGUCACUGACGUGAAUGACAAUAAACCCGAAAUUCAUAUAAUGUCAAAAUCAAACGUGAUAUCAGAAGAUGCCAAACCCGGUACUGUUGUGACAAUGAUAAAUAUUAAGGACGCAGACUCGGGUGAGAAUGGUAAAGUCCAGUGUUCUAUGAAUAACGAUAUUCCUUUUGUUAUGAAAUCAACAAACAAUGGUUUCUAUACUUUAGUGACAGACAGUGAAUUAGACAGAGAGACAUCCUCUGAGUAUAAUAUCACAGUGACCUGCUCUGAUGAGGGAGUGCCCUCCCUCUCCAGCAGCGUCACUCUCACCUUACAGAUCUCUGACGUGAAUGACAACGCGCCUGUCUUUGAGAGGAGCUCAUAUGAGGCCUACAUUGUAGAAAACAACACACCAGGUCUCUCUGUAUUCACAGUGAAAGCCAGAGACGCUGACUGGAACCAGAAUGCCCGUGUUUCUUACAUACUGGAGGACUCCUCUGUUAACGGAGUGCCAGUCUCCUCAUAUGUGUCCGUUAGUGCUGAUAGUGGAGUCAUCCAUGCAGUGCGCUCUUUUGACUACGAGCAGAUCAAAGAUUUUCACUUCCGAGUCAAAGCUCAGGAUGGAGGCUCUCCUCCACUCAGUAGUAACGUGACUGUGAAAAUACUGAUCCAGGACCAGAACGACAACCCCCCUCAGGUUCUGUACCCGGUGCAGACUGGUGGCUCUCUGGUGGCUGAACUGGUGCCUCGUUCAGCAGAUGUGGGCUAUCUGGUCACUAAAGUGGUGGCUGUUGAUGUGGACUCUGGACAGAACGCCUGGCUCUCCUAUAAACUGCAGAAAGCCACAGACAGGGCGCUGUUUGAAGUGGGCUCACAGAAUGGAGAAAUAAGAACUAUCCGUCAAGUCACUGAUAAAGACACAGUGAAACAAAGACUGAGUGUUAUAGUGGAGGACAACGGGCAGCCCUCUCGUUCAGCUACAGUCGUUGUUAACGUGGCGGUGGCGGACAGCUUCCCGGAAGUGCUGUCGGAGUUCACUGACUUUACGCACGACAAGGAGUACAACGACAACCUGACUUUUUACUUAGUGCUGGCUCUGGCUGUAGUUUCCUUCCUCUUCAUCACGUGUGUAGUGGUUAUUAUCUCAGUGAAAAUCUACAGAUGGAGACAGUCUCGCGUCCUGUUUCACUCCAAUCUCCCUGUGAUUCCAUAUUAUCCACCACGUUACUCAGACACUUUGGGGACAGGGACUCUCCAACACGUGUACAAUUACGAGGUGUGCAGGACGACUGACUCCAGAAAGAGUGACUGUAAGUUCGGCGGAGCUGGUAGUCAGAACGUGCUGAUAAUGGACCCCAGUUCUACAGGGACGAUGCAGCGGAUACAGAGUGAAAAGAGCAUCCUGGAUGAACCAGACUCUCCUCUUGAGCAAAAACCCCCCAACAAUGACUGGCGCUUCACCCAGGGACAGCGACCUGGACCCAGCGGUCCCCACAUGCCAUACGGUACACACAUACGAUGGACGCCGAACAAUGGGAACAGGGCAACUGGAGGACCUGAGGUUGCCAUGGGAACUGGUCCCUGGCCCCAGCCCCCUACUGAGGCUGAGCAGCUCCAGGCCCUGAUGGCUGCAGCGAACGAAGUGAGUGAGGCUACAGCCACCCUGGGGCCUGGCACCAUGGGCCUUAGCACCCGCUACAGCCCCCAGUUCACUCUGCAGCACGUCCCCGAUUACCGCCAGAACGUCUACAUCCCCGGCAGCACCGCCACCCUCACCUCCAACCCCCAGCAGCAGCAGCAGCAGCAGCAGGCCACCGCCCAGCAGGCCGCCCAGCAGGCGCUCCCUCCACCCCAGGCCUCGGCCCAGCCCGAGCCCCCCAAGGCCGCCCAGACCCCUGCCUCCAAGAAGAAGUCCACCAAGAAGGAGAAGAAGUAGAUCUGGAUGGAGAGAGGCAGAGGAGGAGGAGGAGGAGGAGUAAUGAUAAACCCGGCCUGAUCUGAUGAGAAAUUCAACCCCCCAUAUCCUCCCAUUAGGUAUCUGACUGUCACUGUCACUCAUACUAGCCUCGGUCUAAAUAUUGACAUCUAAUCAUUUUAGGCCGCAUGGACGAUGUUGAUGGUUCUUUGACAGAGUGUCUUGAAGAAUAUGAAUGUGUUGAAGGCUGUUGAUGGUGUUGAUAACCCGUGCUGUGCUAAAGGUCUAGUAUUGCUCAUGUAAUCUUUGUUGGUAGAUAUGUUUGGCAGGGUAUGGGGGGUUAUUGUGAUUUUUGUUUUCCUUUUGGCAAAAUCAAAUGAACUUGGACAAAGCGAUUCAGUGUAACGAACCUUGCUGGGAUGACAAGGCUAUACGCAGUGAUGUAUUAAGAGAUGAAAUGUUGAUGUCUUUCAUGUUGGAUUUAUUGUUCUUUCCUGGUGGUGGAGAGGUGUAAAGUACGCUAGUUGCCAUCCAUUAGAUUCCUAUAUAGGAUCAGCCUUACAGGGUCCUAAAGCAAAAGUCCUGUGGAUAUAAGGCUGUUGUUCGACAGGUAUUACAAACUCUUCUGCAUGCUCUUUAAGGUUCAAACCACAUAUUCUAGUUUAGAGUUAAAAACUAUGCAUUGCAAAAGCAGAGGGGAGGACCAACCGGAGUCUAGCAUCCUCCCUCCAAUCGCAGGUCAACAUAAUGCACAUGUAGCAUUUAUUUGACACAAAAUGAAAAUUACUUUUGUAAUCAUAGUUAAAAAAAAAAAAGAUAAGAUUUUAAUCUCCUGUUAUUUUUGAUGACCUGAGCAUGCACCCAGAGGACGGGCCGGUAGAGGGUGGGAUGCACGGCGUUGUUGAAUGGAGUCGUGAGCCGUGCUGUCCGUGCAGGUGGUGUAACAGCAGGGCCCCGGCUGCUGGUGUAACACGUCCAGAUGGGCACAGACAUGUCCUGCACCCUGUACCGCCCCCUCUUCCUACCCAGCUCGUGUCCUCCACCUCACUCACUACCCCACGUUGAGAGCCAAACAAAGAGAAAUGCACAGUUCGUAUUCUGAAGAUGAGAUGAAGCAGGGGCUAGGAUAUCCCUUCGGUCUUUAAGGAAACGCGUAGAUGUGGUGAACUUAAGUGCUUAGGUGUUUCUAGACACUUUGCAGGCCUCUAGGGCCGGGGCGGAGUAUUUUCCCUCACUUUCCUAAAGUGCUGAAGAAAUUUAUUGAUGUGACACAGUAACACGCUUUUUUUUUCUUUGGGAGAUAAUGAUUCAAUAGCAUAGAGGAAUUGUUUGUAUAAGAAAUGAAGUCUUUACGUUGCCGUCCGUCCAUCUGUCUGUCGGGGCCCUGGCCAGACACAACUGCAUGAGGAGAGGCAGCUUGCACGCUGGUUCUGGGGGGGGUUGGAGAUGGGGUUUUGGGGGUGAAGGGUACACAGACUGAGGUGGCACCAUUACAUCGACCAGGAGGGUGGGGAACAACCUUGGCUCUACCCACUGAAUGUACAGAGGAACCACUGUUGACCCGCCCACCCCGUAAACCUUCUCUAAUGCACUGACCCAGGUAGAGGUCAACAGAGCCAGGCACAGCUGUCCCUGUAGGGGAGGAGACACCACUCCGGAGCCCUUUGAAACAUCCUUCUCCACUGAAACCGAACCUCAGCCUCUGUACCGCUCACCUCUCCCCUCCACUCCCCGGCCCUGUGAGGCUCUUCCCACUGUAAAUAAACACAAGUCCUGUCGAUGGUAUGAGCCAGUUGUUUGUAUAGUAGGGACCACGUCCAACAUUUUCAAAAUAAAAGUCCCUCUCCACAAGGCGUGGCUUACUACUGGAAUGUGUUGCAUUUUGUUUUUCAAGAAAAAUAAGAAAAACCACGGUUUAAAAAAAAAAAAAUCAGUAAUGAAUAAAAAAUCUGAGAUGUUCUUCAACAGUUUGUGUUGCAAUGUAGUAACUAAGCACCAUGGAAGCCAACUAACUCUUCAGUGUAAAUAAAUGAAUUAAAGAUAACUUUAGAUAAGUAAACAAAGUGACACACGUAGACUAGUUAACUUGUGAUAUGUGUUGCGCAUAUUUUUGUGUUCAUUUUCUCUCUACUAUCUUUUAUCACCCUGUAAAGAAACAAAACAAAAAAAAAAAUAUGGAAACUGUUUCUAUCCUUCUGUAACCUCUUAAUGUUCUUUUGCGGUGAUUUUAUCUCGUGCAUUUGUGAAAGAAUGCCUCUCAUUCUCUCUUUCUGUCCAUAUGAACAAAUGAUUAUAAAUAUUAUAUAUGUGUAUGUCCGUCCGCUGCUGAAUUAAUACUGCUCUAUCCUGCUGUAUUAUCUUUCUUAUCAAAUGCUUAGCCCCCACGCUACCCCUGUGUUACUCUCUUAUUUUUAUGCUAAUAUUUAUAUUGCUGUUUUAUUUUCUCUUGGACACUGACAUUUCAAAUAAAAAGAUUCUGAAAUCAUUUAAGAAA